UCUCUCAAAAAUACUCUGAUAAGCAGCAAACAAGGAGCAACCACAGGACUACAGGCAUUUGUAUGUAGCUAUUUAUCUUCAAAAGCAGUACAGCAGGGAUAUAUAAUAAACAUGAAAAGCAAAUUAAUAGGAUUUCUUAUGAACUUCUGGAUUUCUUUUUCACUCGCUUUGUAUUUUCACAUUGGAGAAAGAGAAGAGAAAUGCAUAAUUGAAGAUAUUCCCAGUGACACCUUGGUAGUUGGGAAUUACAAAGUACAACGCUGGGAUAUACAUAAACAUGACUUUCUUGAAUCUGCUCCUGGUUUGGGAAUGUUUGUGACUGUCACAAGUCCUACUGGUGAGGUACUCUUGUCAAAACUGUAUGGGCCACAAGGGACCUUUUCGUUUACAUCCCACUUCUCUGGGGAGCACAUAAUAUGUUUCCAGUCUAACUCCACGAGAUUUGCAGUGACUGCACGAAGUAAACUGCGUAUCCACUUGGAUAUCAGAGUUGGGGAACAUUUUUUGGAUGAAUCUGCUAUUCAAGCCAAAGACAAAGUGAAUGAAGUUAAUGUCAGACUAGAGCAUCUAAUUGAGCAAAUUCAUCACGUAACCAGAGAACAAGACUAUGAAAGAGAGCGUGAAGAAAAAUUUCGGAAAACAAGUGAAGAAACCAACAGCAAUAUUUUGUGGUGGGCUAUAUUACAAACACUAAUCCUCAUCUCCGUUGGAAUCUGGCAAAUCAAAUCUCUAAGAGAUUUCUUUAUAUCUAAGAAGCUUGUUUAAGUUCUAUAAAGUCAAUGCACAGAUUCAAAAAUUGCACACCAUGUAACACUGAACAUCUAAAGAAACCCUGCACCUAUGAGAAAAUUGCUUGUAUAGAACUCUCAACCUUCUCUCAUCUUCUGUUCUGAUUCUAAUUCUUGUUUCUCCAGCUAGGGCACACCUCUGGCAUCUCCUUACAUUUUACUCCUUGAAUCCCAUGUUUUAUCAUAUUUUUUCCCCCCUCUAUGGAUGUAAAGCUAAAUUUAGAAGGAGUCAGUGACUAAGACAGCAUUUAAGUUCAAUACUUAAUGAAGAACAUUGAAAUUAGGUUAAAUCUAAAAUAGAAAUCUAAGAUAAAUUUUCCUAAGAUUUUAAAUUAUUCUACUUGCUGAGUAAUCUUAUUUGGCACCAUGAACAUUUCAGCACUUCAGACUGACUAGAAUUCAGAUAGUAAACAGAGAAAUAAUUACAUCCCCUGCAGUGUUUAAUUGGGUGAGAGUGUCUUGAACUCAAUCUCUAUAUGUGUAACACCUAAAUAUAAUUGUGAAUGCUUUCAUGUAAAAUAUUCAGAGUUUGAACUGAUCAUUGGUGGCAGCAAUUACCAUGGAGAGAGAUCCAGAAAAACAAUUUGGAAUUAUACUUACUUUUUACUUUCAGAAAAGCCCUAAACAUAAGGCUAUAGAAUUGAUGACGAUCAGAUGCCUCCCACAGUUGUUUAUGUAAAUUAUAGUCUUUAUGAAGUAUGCCAAAGUAACCCAAAUUAUAGGUUUCUUGGUAAACAAUGACAAUUUUAUUUUAAUUAAUUCAUGCUACUAAAUGUUUCUGUGUUGAGAAUUUUUAUAAUUUUAAUUAUUUAGCAACUUUACUAUAACUGCCUACAGAAAUUACCAGUUUUUGACUUAAUUUUCCAUUUCACUUAUUACAGCUUGGUUGCAUAUAUCUUUAUGCCCUAAUUUAACUAGUAUAUAUACAAAUAGCAGUGUAUCUGCAGUAUCAUACAGUGACAAGUCAAAGGCUGUGGUUAAAAAUUGAGAUAAUUAGCUUGACAAAGCCGUAGUAGUAAUAGGAAGGAGUUGGAGGCGAUUACAUACCAAAACGUGGAAGUCAAAGUUUCUAGAGCACUGUGAUAGCAGAGUAUUGUGGUUUGUUUUCCUACCCAUUUUUUCUAGUUGAAAAGGUAGUGAAAGGUGAAAUAUCUGCAGACCAAUUAUUGUUCUAAAGGCACUGCUUUCCUUUCUUUCUUUUUUCCAUCUUCCCACCUGUUGUUUUCUUAUGAAAGGAAAUUAUAUUCCCUGUAAGUCUACUUACAUAUCCAGCGUGGGAAUUAAAAUACAGCGGAUAGUAUGUGAGAAUCAAUAAAAUUGAUACAAAGUAGAGACUAAAAGCAAUGUUCCAGGGAACAAAUCAAUCCAAAUAAAAUCUUAUAAAGCUACUCACUACAUUGUGUCCUAUUUUUAACAAUUCGGAUACUUUGGAGGUGCCACUUAGAAUGACCAGUAAGUAAGUGUUAUUAAAUUAACUUUUAUAGGGCACUCACUCACAACAUGUCUUGUAAUAACAUCUUUGGUGGUGGGUAAGUAGGAAAUAUGUGUUAAAACCAUAUGGUAUAUGAAGUCCAAGAACAAAGUAAUAAAGUACUGUGACAAGCUUGUGGUUCAGACUUUAGCUGAUAUUUAGUGUAGGGCUCCUAAUCACAUUCCAAUGUCAAACGUAACUCAUUUCACUUACAAUACACUCCAGCUGGUAAUCCAGGACAAGCAACAUUUCAGGAUUUAUAAAAGAGAUGAUCAUGUUCCAUCAUAUUAAUUAGGUCUAUACUCAAAGAUUAUAGAUUCAGCACUGAGACUUGGGAGUCUUGAAUAUAACUUGUAAUUGCUUAAUUCUUUACUGCUACUACUGGUACUACUAUUAUUAAUCAUCAUCAUCUCAUCAUCAUCAUCUUUGCUUUUAUGAAAUGUUUUCAGUCUCCUUCAGGAUUUUUAUUUAACUCCAUAAAGCAGAAGCUGACUCACAGCUCCUUUGGGAAGCACUUUGGGGACAGAAACCUUUGUGAGGUUAAAAGCUUCCUCUGCAGUUUGUGGCUCUGUCAUACCCAGAGCUGCAGCCUGCACUGCAACAGUAGGUCUGUAAGGGACUUCUUUCUCCCUGAAGUUUUCAUCGAGGAACAAUAGCAAGCAAUGGAGUAUUUUAUUUUAUUUUUUUUUAUCUUUUGGUGGAAGAAAUGAACCUCAAAUGUCCUAAAUCUCCUUGUUUUCCUCUUUUUCCACAACAGAAGAUGCAAUAGCAAACCUGUGAUAUAGAAUUAAUAAACUUCCUAGAUUCUUGCAUUUGAAAAA